UGUUUACGGAAAUAUUAUUCACAAAGUUUAACUUAUUGAUGUUACCAAAGUUAAACCCUAAUUAAUUUUUUACGUUACAAUGGAAAGGUAUUUUGUCAAAGUAAGCGCCCGCUAUGACAAAAUUUCUCCAUGGAAUUGUGGAAAUGCCUCUCCGCACGAUCAAAAGUCUACCACGGAUCGCCACCGUUGACUUGGCCAUUCGGACCUCCAGAAUAUCAAGGUUUGGGAGAAAUCCCAACCUUGGAGGAUCCCACACAAGAGGCAGUGUGCAUGAAUUCUCCUAGGGCUCGGGGACGCGCAUGCCAAUAUAGUGGCGCCCUGGCGCACGGGAGUGUCAGAUAUCCUGGAGAGAUCCAGGAGAGAAUCGGGGGGAUUGGGGGAAUCUAGAUCGUCCCAAUUGGUCUCUUUGUUGCAGUAGCGCGGUAGAAUCGAUUGAAUUCCAGUCCAAAAGCAUCGCAAUUAUCUCGCCAUGGCGCUGGCCGCAGUGGCAAGCAUCCGCUGCUCCUCCCAAGACCUCCUCUCCUUCGGCCUCGCGGCCAAUGCCUCCUCGGCGCUGUGCUCCAAGCUGGAUUUCGUGGCGGACAGGCUCUACGCGACGCAGCUCGCGGUGGACAACAGCUACCUCCUCUUCUCCGCCUAUCUCGUCUUCGCCAUGCAGCUGGGAUUCGCGAUGCUGUGCGCCGGAUCCGUGCGUGCCAAGAACACCAUGAACAUCAUGCUCACCAACGUGCUCGACGCGGCCUGCGGCGGCAUCUCCUACUACCUCUUCGGAUUCGCCUUCGCGUUUGGCACCGGCGGCACCACCAACGGAUUCAUCGGCCGCUACUUCUUCGCGCUGUCCGAGAUCCCCGACUCCUCUGCGGGCUUCGAUUACAGCUUCUUCCUCUUCCAGUGGGCCUUCGCCAUCGCCGCGGCGGGCAUCACCAGCGGAUCCAUCGCGGAGCGCACCCAGUUCGUCGCCUAUCUGAUCUACUCGACGUUCCUCUCGGGAUUCGUGUACCCGAUCGUGUCGCACUGGGCGUGGUCCGUGGAUGGAUGGGCCUCGGCGAGCAAGCCCAGCGGCCGGCUCUUCGGCUCGGGCGCCAUCGAUUUCGCGGGUAGCGGCGUGGUCCAUCUCGUGGGCGGGCUAGCGGGCUUCUGGGCGGCCCAGAUCGAGGGCCCACGCAUCGGACGGUUCGACAAGGGCGGCGCCGCCACGCUCGUGCUCAAGGGCCACAGCGCAUCGCUGGUCGUCCUUGGUACCUUCCUGCUGUGGUUUGGAUGGUAUGGAUUCAACCCGGGCUCCUUCGUCACAAUCCUCUCCCCGUACGGCGCGGGCAGCUUCACGGGCAACUGGACGGGCGUGGGUCGUACGGCCGUCACCACCACGCUGGCGGGGUGCUCCGCCGCCAUCACCACGCUGUUCGGGCGGCGCCUCCUGACGGGCCACUGGGCCGUCGUUGACGUGUGCAAUGGCCUUCUGGGGGGCUUCGCGGCCAUCACCGCCGGUUGCUCGGUGGUAGAUCCCUGGGCAUCUUUGAUAUGCGGCUUCGUCUCCGCCUGGGUGCUCAUCGGCCUCAACCUUCUGGCGGAGAGAUUCCACUACGACGACCCGCUCGAGGCGGCGCAGCUCCACGGCGGCUGCGGGACGUGGGGACUCAUCUUUACCGCGCUCUUCGCCAAGGAGGAGCACGUCCUCAACGUGUACGGACGCACGUCAACGCCGUACGGCCUCUUCCUGGGUGGCGGCGGGCGGCUCCUGGCGGCGCAGAUUGUUUACAUUCUUGCGAUUGUGGGAUGGGUGACGGUGACCAUGGGGCCGCUGUUUUGGAUGUUGCACAGGCUCAACUUGCUGAGGAUCAGCCCCGAGGACGAGGUGGCGGGGAUGGAUCUCACACGGCACGGCGGCAUGGCUUACUACCACCAGGAUGGAUCUCACCACGAUGGUCAUAAGUUCCAGCUCCACAAUCUCAGCAAGCAUGGCGGUGGCAAUGCCCCGGGGAUGGUUCAUGACGCUGCCUCCCCACUCUGAACUUACAUGCAACGUUCCUAUUGCAUUACCAGGUUUGUUCCUACAUAGCCAGCCUUUCGUUUUUCGCUGUAUAUAUAAGUCUUGAUCUUUGGAUGUCAAGGCUUUUUUAAGUUUUGACAAAAUAUGCUCUGGGCCACAGUCCGUCCUUGUCGUUUUGCCAUUGAUUCGAUGUCAGCUGGCAUGGAUCGAUCGCUUAAUAAGUUAAAGAAGUCAUACCCACUUUUGCAAAUUGCUCUGAAAGGUCAGUCUAUAAGCAAU